GCCCGCGUGAGACAGGGAGAUGUCUGGCUGACCGGGGCGGCUGAGGCCUUGCAGCUCUGGGGAGUGGGUUGCAUCUGCCCAAGCGCAAGGGGACGGACAAUGAGGCCCCCGGGGAAAGGGAGGCCCAGCAAAGGACAGCGUACGGGGUGAGGUGCAGUGCUCCCUGCACUCACCAUGGCCAUGAGGGAGCUGGUGGAGCCUGAGUGCGGGGGUUCUAACCCCCUUAUGAAGCUGGCUGGCCACUUCACCCAGGACAAGGCCCUGCGGCAGGAGGGGCUCCGACGUCCCUUGGCCUGGCCCCCUGCAGGUCUUGGGGCAGAGGCAGUGACCAAACCUUUGGGAGUGGCCUCUGAAGAUGAGCUGGCUGGAGAAUUCCUACAAGAGCAGAAUGCCCCCCUGCUCUCCCGUGCCCCGCAAACCUUUAAAAUGGAUGAUCUGCUGGCUGAGAUGCAGGAGAUUGAGCAAUCUAGCUUCCGCCAAGCCCCACAGCGAGCUCCAGGUGUGGCAGCCCUGGCUCUAUCUGAGAACUGGGCCCAGGAAUUUCUGGGGGCUGCGUAUACUACAACUGAUGUCUCCCCAGAUUACAAUGAGGCUGACUGGUCGCAGGAGUUCAUUGCGGAGGUGACAGACCCUCUAUCUGUAUCUCCUGCCAAGUGGGCAGAAGAAUAUCUGGAGCAGUCAGAGGAGAAGUUGUGGCUGGGGGAAACAGAAGACCAGUCACUGGCAGAUAAGUGGUAUGAGGAAUAUCAGCCUGAGGAUGAUCUUAAGAAAACUGCCAACGAUUUCCUUUCUAAAGUGGAUGACCCCAAACUCAACAAUUCUGAGUUCCUAAAGUUUGUCCGCCAGAUCGGAGACGGGAGGGUGUCGAUCGAGGCUAAUCAGGUGACCCUGACCCCCAGAGACCAGGAUCAGGCAGAGCAGUGGGCAGCUGAGUUUAUACAGCAGCAGGGGGUGUCGGAUGCCUGGGUGGAUCAGUUCACCCGAACUGGGAAUGCGUCAACUCUGGAUACAGAAUUUGAGCAGGCCAAGACUGCUCUAGAGAUGCUUCUCACCACAGGCUGGCUGGUUGUCCUUCAGCCAGGCUCUCCCCUUUUAUCAGCACUUCAGUCGCUUGGUGGUGAUGUCUGUAGAUGGAGGCGGAAGACAGAGUCAGAUGUGGAUUUCUGGGACAAGCUUCAGGCAGAGUGGGAGGAGAUGGCCAAGCGAGAUGCAGAGGCUCACCCCUGGCUCUCCGAUUAUGAGGACCUCAGUACCUCCUCCUAUGACAAGGGUUACCACUUUGAGAAGGACAAUCCCAUGAGGGAUCAUCCGCAGGCAUUUGAAGAGGGGCUGAAGUGUCUGGAGAAGGGUGACCUCCCCAAUGCUGUCUUGCUCUUUGAGGCUGCGGUGCAGCAGAAACCUGACCACAUGGAGGCCUGGCAGUACCUGGGAACCACCCAAGCAGAGAAUGAACAAGAGCUGUCUGCAAUCAGUGCCCUCAGGCAGUGCCUGGAGCUGCAGCCAGGGAACCUCACUGCACUCAUGGCUUUGGCCGUCAGCUUCACCAAUGAGUCUCUGCAGAAGCAGGCAUGCGAAACCCUGCGUGACUGGCUGCGCCACAAGCCAGCCUAUGCCCACCUGAUGGGGAAGGAGCCGGAAGGGAGCAGCUUGGCAUCCAGCUUGGGGUCCUCCAAGCGCAUCCUGGGCUCCCUACUGUCUGACUCCUUGUUCAUGGAGGUGAAGGACCUGUUCCUGGCAGCCGUGCGCAGUGACCCCUCGGCCGUGGACCCCGAUGUGCAGUGCGGCCUGGGCGUCCUCUUCAACCUAAGCGGCGAGUACGAGAAGGCUGUGGACUGUUUCAGUGCCGCGCUGAGCGUGCGCCCCAACGAUCACCUCCUGUGGAACAAGCUGGGUGCCACUCUGGCCAAUGGGAAUCGCAGUGAGGAGGCUGUGGCUGCCUAUCGCCGGGCACUGGAGCUGCAGCCAGGCUACAUCCGCUCCCGCUACAACCUGGGCAUCAGCUGCAUCAACCUGGGGGCCCAUCGUGAGGCAGUGGAGCACUUCCUGGAGGCCCUGCACAUGCAGCAGAAGAGCCGGGGCCCACGGGGCCAGCAAGGUGCCAUGUCUGACAACAUCUGGAGUACCCUCCGCAUGGCCCUCUCCAUGCUGGGCCAGAGUGAUCUGUAUGGGGCAGCCGAUGCCCGUGACCUUCCCACCCUGCUCCAGGCCUUUGGCCUCCAGCAGUGACUCAAGGACGGGCUCCCCUGUGAGUGCAGGGUGGGCCCGGGCCAGUAGUUAUGUCCCACAAACCCCUUCUGGGGGGAAAAAAAAGGUUUACUGGGGUUCACACACAUCUAUUCUUCAGUUGCUGGGGGCAAGUCAUUGGCUGCCAUUUCUGUAGGACCUCCCACAGUAGAGGGUAACUUCUCUCACCUGCAUCUUGUGGCCUGAGCAUCUGUGAGCAGCUCAUGUGGCACCAUCUCCCCACAGGACUCUGACCCUCCACAGGGACAUGAGCUGCUGGCACUGGGAAGCAAAUCAGUGGGGGGUGGAAGGGAUGGGGAAAUAGGAAUGUAUCAGGAUCACUUCUUAUAAGAUAAAAUAAAAAAGCUUGCGUUUUGUGAUACCCUCCAAUAGUAGCCCCAGUUGCUCAUGUCAGACCCUGUCAUAACAAUCCUGUCCAGCGGAGACUGUCGGCUCAAGCAACUGGCUCUGGGUGUGCCGGUUAGGGUUAGAAAGUAGGAUUACUUUCUAGUGCUGGGGCUGCCCGUCCUGGUUUGCUGUGAGAUCUGAGAGUGUCUGGGCUACUAACCCUAGGUCUUUCCCAACUGAGCAUGCAGCCCCACCCCCACCACGUGUGUGCAGUGGGUAGGUCACUUUGUGAGGCUUGUAGGUUUUUUUCCCCUCCUUCCAGGUACUAAUAACAGUGUCCUGGUUCUGAGCAUCUCACUGGGCUCACGCUCACUUGGGAUUUGGGAGAAGGCUCUGAGACUGCAGUGGGGAGAAGAGUCCCUGGGGCUGAGUUCAGGGGGGUCACCCAGGGACUGGGGGAAAGCUGACUAACUAUAAAAGCACCUUGGCCAAAAGCAGGGGUGGGGGUAAGGUCUUAAGUUUCACUUGAUUGUCUGUCAUUGUAGAAUAAAUUGGGAAUUAUUUUCUCUGUGCAGAUGGUCCUCCCCAGCCUGUAAUUGAAUCUUGUGAAUUAUAAAUAUCUGUAUAUGAUUUUUGGAGGGAAAGUUUUUUUAAUUGUAAAAUAUUUUGUAUAAUAGAAGGGAAAAAAUUAAACUCAUCAAAAUAU